AUAUAUAAAUAAAUGAAUAGGAGAGAGUAAAGAAAGGAAAAGAAGAGGUAGGAAUAGUUUCCCAAGCAACCGUUCAAAAAUCCAAAUAUUAAGCCGCAUUGGACAAACGAACUCCCAUAGCUUCAAAGGUUCUUUGCAUUUUCUCGUCUCAGUUCAGACCAACUUCAGUUUCCGGGUUUUCCAGGUAGAGAUAGAGGUGAUUUUGAUUGGUUAUGGCCAGCCCUUAUGAUAAAAAGGAUCAUGAAUGGAUAGAGAGGGUGAAAGGAGGAGGUUCUGUUCCACUUCUUGAACCAGAUAACUGUCCAAAUGGUUGGGCUACUCCCCCUGGAGACACUUUCAUGGUCCGUGGUCCAGAGUACUUAACAACCAGGGUUAAAAUUCCUGGUGGUGAGUAUCUUCUGCAGCCACUUGGCUUUGAUUGGGUCAAAGGUUCUACAAAGGUUUCAGAUGUCUUAAAGAAUCCAAAAAACCGUGUUAGGAAGGCUCUCAAGGAUGAAUUGCCAUCAGAUUGUAAGCCUUUUGUCUGGGCAUUCAAUCUUCAAGUUCCAAGCAAAGAUAACUAUAGCGCAAUUGCAUAUUUUGUAGCCAUAGAACCUAUCCCAGAGGGUUCUUUGAUGGACCAGUUCUUGAAAGGAGAUGAUGGGUUCAGGAAUUCAAGGCUUAAAUUGAUUGCCAACAUUGUCAAAGGACCUUGGAUUGUGAGAAAAGCAGUUGGGGAGCAAGCUAUAUGUAUAAUUGGUCGAGCACUUACUUGCAAAUACUGUGUGGCAGAUAAUUUUAUGGAAGUUGAUAUUGAUAUUGGAUCUUCCAUGGUUGCAAGUGCAAUUGUUCAUCUGGCUUUUGGUUACAUUACAAAACUUACGGUUGAUAUUGCUUUUCUCAUUGAAAGCCAAAAUGAAUCAGAACUGCCAGAACGACUUUUGGGAGCUGUCAGAUUCUCUGAGCUGAAUGCUGCUGCAGCUAGGCCAGUUGAACUAUCAUCUGAUGGGAGCACUGCCAAUUUGCAAUCUUCUAUCUCCAUGCGCUUAUGGAAAUCACUUGGGCAAGGCUUCUCCAACCUUAUUCCAGCUGCCCAGGAAAGUGGCUCCAUAUCUAGCUCGUCACAUGUCAACAGAGGCAUUGAUCAUGAACAAAGUGGCAAAGCUACAAAUGGCACAGAUGAACCAGGCAAUGAUGGUUGAUAUCGACAAUCCGAGAGUUGAUCAAGCUACUGAAGCUCAAUAUAAUUUUUCAAAAUCGAUAGACGAAUGGAGCAACUAGCUUUGGCAGCAUCAGCUUACUAGCCCCCUGUAACUCCUUUC